CUCUCUAUACUUGAUUCUCUACAUUUCUGUAUAGAGAUUCCAUAUAAAAGAUUUCCUUGUCUUAUCUAUAGAAGAACGCUCAAAUAUCAUUUUUUAUUCAUAUUAUAUACUCCUUCCGAUCCAUAUUAAUUGCCUCAAAUUUGUCCAAAUAUGGUCUAAAUACAUGUAAUAUUUUGACAACUAAUAUGAAUCGGAGGGAGUAACUAAACAAUAAUACAUUAAUGGUACUAACCCAUGUUCAAAACAUCAAUCAACAUUAUAUUUAGUAAUUACAAGAUAGGAUUUGAUAAAAUAACGCUAAAUUGCAUGUGAAUAGCAUUAGUUAUCAGUCACACAGCUUGAGCAAAAAAUAUUAUCAACAACUAGCUCAGUGUGUUAGUUUAUGCAAUUUACUUAAAUUAGUAUCUGCAAGUUCGAAUAAAAUACGAGAAAAAAAGAAAUGCACGAACGCGCGUUCAGUUGGGGCUGGAUUCGUGUAAUCUGACGUCUACGGGCAAAGUGGGGCCUCCAGAUUUAACACCUGCAUUAUCAUACUUGCAAACCUGUCAGUCGCCCUACGGCUCCAAUGCAAUUUAAGUUUAUUUUCAAGGAGGAGAGUGUCAAACCAACCAAAGCAUCUCUGAUUGAUUAGUACUGGCAACGAAAACGCAAAGCUUUCAUGGACUUGACCAAGUCGACGCAAAACCGAAGUCCAAAAGGCUCCGUCCAGGAAGAAGCAGGCAGGUGCCUGUAUUAAUAAUCAUCUGAUUUCCGACACGGCUCCUACAUUUCAGCGUUGGCGAGCUCCCCCGUCUUCUUCUUGCUUCCCUGCGUCCCUAGUUGGUUCUUUGAGCUCUCGAAAAGCAGCUCCCUCCAAGGCUCCAAUCCACCCCAGCGCGCCGCUCUCCUGUUCGCGGCGCAGAGAAAAAGCUAGAGGAGGAGCUUCAGGAGCAGCAGAGGAAGUCAGGGAAUUGAAGCGGGAUCAGAAAAAGGGUCGUUUUUUUUUCUUUUUGCGGUUUUGGCUGGGGCAGGAGGACCUGAGGGAGAGAGAAUGGCCAAGAGGCGGCGGCUCUUCUUGCUGCUCGUCUUGUGCCUCCUCGCUGGGUCGAGGAUCGCUGCCGCCGACACCAACCCACAGGAUGCGGCUGCUCUCAAAUCCUUGAUGAAGAAAUGGUCAAAUGUGCCUGCUAGCUGGAGGCAAAAAUCGAACGAUCCUUGCGGCGAGAAAUGGGAUGGAAUUGCAUGCGACAACACCUCAAGGGUUACAUCGUUAAAUCUAUUUGGUAUGAAUAUGAGAGGCACUCUGGGUGAUGAUAUAGGAAGCCUGACUGAGCUGAGAGUCUUGGAUCUAUCCUCAAACAGAGACUUAGGUGGUCCGCUUACACCUGCUAUUGGGAAGUUGAUUCAGCUUAAAAACUUAGCAUUAAUAGGUUGCAGUUUCAGUGGUACUAUUCCGAGCGAACUAGGCAACCUGGCACAACUCGAAUUCUUCGGUUUGAACUCAAACAAAUUCACGGGCACUAUUCCACCCUCAUUGGGCAAGCUCUCCAAGGUUAAAUGGCUAGAUCUAGCUGAUAACAACCUGAUCGGACGCCUCCCAAACUCCAGGGACAAUGGAGCUGGAUUAGACCAGCUUCUUAUCGCAGAACACUUCCAUCUUAACCAAAAUGGUCUAGAAGGUCCUAUCCCAGAAUAUAUGUUCAACUCCAACAUGCGCCUCAAGCAUAUACUUCUGGACAGGAACAGGUUUAGUGGAAGUAUUCCAGCAUCUAUCGGGGUACUCACAAAACUUGAAGUACUCCGUCUAAAUGACAAUUCCUUCACGGACCAAGUUCCGGAUAUGAAAAAUCUGACUAUACUCCAUGUUCUAAUGCUGUCAAAUAACAAGCUACGCGGACCGAUGCCUAAUUUGACAGGAAUGAAUGGCCUUCAAAAUGUGGAUCUAAGCAACAACAGCUUCACAUCUUCUGGUGUUCCAACUUGGUUUACAGAUUUGCCCAACUUAAUUACCUUGACAAUGCAGUCGGUAGCAAUUUCUGGGAAACUACCACAGAAGCUUUUCAGCUUACCCAAUUUGCAACAUGUAAUAUUGAAUGAUAAUCAACUAAACGAUACGCUUGACAUGGGCAAUAACAUCAGCAAGGAACUAGGACUUGUAGACAUCCGGAACAACAAAAUCACCUCACUUACAGUUUACAGCAGCCUUGACAGCAAAAUUCUCAAGCUUGAAGGAAACCCACUCUGCAGUGGCUCUCUUCUCUCAGGCACAAUGCUCUGCACGGACCGGCUAACAGAACAUCCACCUGUGCCUUCUUCCUUUGAUGUCCAAUGUGCAAAUCCGUUUGUCGAAACUAUGGUGUUCAGAUCUCCUUCCUUUGCCGAUGUCAUCAAGUACCUUCCUGAACUGCACAAAAACCUCUCGACCACACUGAGCAGCUGUACCCCAAACAAGCUAGGCUUGGUACCAUACUCCGAGGGCACGUACCUAAAUGUGGAUAUCAGAGCGUGCCCAGUAAACAGCAAGAGGUUCAACUACUCCCAGGUGUUGAACUGCUUUAAUCUGACCCUUCAGACUUACAAACCACCAGAGACUUUUGGACCUUACUAUGUGCACGCACAUCCUUAUCCUUUCCACGACAAAGCUUCUCGAGCUGUUUUGAUUGGUGUUGUGACCGGCUCUGUUCUCCUGGUGGUUGGGCUUGCACUGAUCGGAGUUUAUGCCGCACGUCAAAAGAAACGAGCUCAGAAGCUUGUCUCUAUCAAUAAUCCUUUUGCUUCAUGGGGAUCAACGGAGGAAGAUAUUGGUGAAGCGCCAAAACUCAAGAGCGCUAGAUGUUUCACACUGGAAGAGCUCAGGUUAAGCACGAAUGACUUCCGAGAAAUCAACGCAAUUGGAGCAGGAGGCUAUGGAACGGUGUACCGAGGAAAACUUAUGGAUGGGCAGCUCAUAGCCAUCAAGAGGUCCAAGAAGGGGUCCAUGCAAGGUGGGCUCGAGUUCAAGACAGAAAUCGAGCUCCUUUCGAGGGUGCAUCACAAGAACUUGGUGGGGCUAGUUGGUUUCUGCUUUGAGAAGGGUGAAAGGAUGCUUGUUUAUGAGUUUAUAUCCAAUGGAACUCUAAGCGAGGCACUAUAUGGUAUUAAAGGAGUACAGUUGGAUUGGAGUAGGAGACUUAAGAUAGCUCUGGAUUCAGCUAGAGGGCUAGCUUACCUCCAUGACCAUGCCAAUCCUCCAAUCAUUCACAGAGAUGUGAAAUCCACCAACAUUCUCCUUGAUGCGAAGAUGACCGCCAAGGUCGCAGAUUUUGGCCUCUCCUUGUUGGUAUCAGACAGUGAGGAGGGCGAGCUCUGUACAAACGUCAAGGGAACGCUGGGCUACCUAGACCCAGAGUACUACAUGACGCAGCAACUGACAGCAAAGAGCGACGUCUACAGCUUCGGUGUGGUACUAAUUGAGCUCAUUGUGGCCAAGCCACCUAUACACGAUAAGAAGUACAUCAUUCGUGAGGUGAAGACGGCAUUAGACAUGGAAGACAGCAUGUACUGCGGCCUGAAAGAUGUGAUGGACCCAGUUCUUCGGAAAAUGGGGGACAUCCCGGGCUUCCCGAGGUUCUUGAAGAUGGCACUACAAUGUGUGGAAGAGGUGGGACCCGACCGGCCGUCUAUGAACAACAUUGUGAGGGAGAUCGAGAUGAUAAUGCAGGACAAUGGGCUCACGCCCGAUUCGAUGUCGGCAAGCUCUUCGUUCAGCGUAGACUCGACAGCAAAGAAGUUUGUGCCAAGGUAUCCGUACUCCAACAUGUCAACAUCGUCCACAACGUUUGAGAUGAACAGCAGGGCCUUUGAAUACAGUGGGGGGUUCCCUUCUCAGGGCAGCUUGAAGAACAGGAACAGUACAUCAUAGGAAAAGGGUUGAAAGGCUCAUACGCUUGUAGCAGAAUGCCAGACUGUACAAACUGUGAAGAGUCAGAAGAGUGAUUAGAGACUUGCAUAGUUGAAUUUAUAGGAUUCGGGAAUGCAACAAAGUACACUGUACAGAGUUAGUAAAAUGACAGUUUUUGUUAAAAGUAAAAAAAAUGUCUAGUGCUCUUCCUUUUUCUA